AUGAUUUAAAAUCAUGAAUGUUGUUAAGAGCAUUAAAAUUUCUAAAUUGGAGGAAUUUAUAUUGGCAAUCAAAUUCGAGAUUUAUAGAGAAAAGUUUGUGUAGAAUGCAUUAUAACACACAAAAUCCCACAUGAUCAAAUAUUAUCUAAAAAAGAAUUCGUCAAAUAACUGCUUGAAAAAUCAGAAAAAUUAAACAUAUAUAAUGAACUAGCCUAAAAUUAAUCAACAACAAUUUUUAAACCAUUUUUACAUAAACUUGACAAAAGUGAAAAAGAUAUCUAUUUGAUAUUUAAUAGUAAGCGGGAUUCUAUUAAAAGAAUUUCUGACGAUUUAACAUCAUAUGAUAAUAAAUUUAUUAGUCUGAUUAACAAAGAUUUGAAUCCCAUGGAAAUUUCUUAAUAAGAAUUAGAUUUUCUUGUAGAUUUUUUAUAAAAUAAUCUUUUUAAUGAAUGGAUUAACAUAAAAAAAAAGAUUUCAUGUGUAAUCUAAAAAGCAGGAUAAUUUUUAGAAGACCUUAUACAAUAUCUAUUUAAAACUAGUCAUUUAAUUGGAGAAAUUUAUAAUCUUUAGUAUGAAAAUUUAAUUAAAUGUAGUACUUUUCAAAAAAAAGAAGAGAAAAUCAAAACACUUGAAGGAUUUCAGUAAUUCAAUAAUCAAUUAGUGAAAACACAAUUUCAUCUCAUAACUUAAAUAAAUAGGGAUAAAAUUUAUAAAAAAGAUGGAUAGAUUCUUAGAGUGUAUAUUUAUUUGUUAUUUUCUAGUGAAAAAUAUAUCUUAGGAUCUAAAAAUGAAUAAAUAUUGCUCAAUCUAGAACAGAUGAAAUAUUUGGAAUUUAAAGGAUAAUAUGGAAUAAAUGGAUAUAAAUGUUAAUAAUGGAAUUAUUACUGGAAGGGAAAAUAGGUUGGGGGUGGUUUAUACAAUAAUUUUGGAUAAAAGGAAGGUAAGUGGAUUGAUUUAUGUGAAAAUUAUUGGGAGUAAUCUAUUUAUUAAUAAUUAUUUUAGUAGAAGGAAUAUUACUGAAGCAGGUGAUUAUUUUGAAGAUAAAAGAAUUGGUGAUUGGAAGAUGUAUUGGAAUAAUUAAAAAAUGUAGUAUGAUAUAGAAUUUUUAAUUUAGUGGAGGAGGAGAAUAUGAUAAAUAGGGAACUGGUCAAAAAAUUGGAAGAUGGGUUGAAUUAAGUGAACAUUAUUGUGAUAACUUUGAACUUACUUAUCAUGGUGAGUAUAAAAAUGGUAAAAAAUUUGGCAGAUGGGACAUUUGCUAUAAUAAUGGAAAUGGUGAUCNUAUUUGA